AUGACCCGUCUAGCAGGUCCAGUUAUUCAGGGUUCCGAAUGGUUUGAUAAAAUGUCUUCAACAUGGAUCAAAUUUUUUUUUAUCCUGACUUUGGUACUUCUUCCUUAUUUUGUUACAGAGACUCCUGCUGCAAGUAUAGAAAAUCUUAGAGAAACGCCAAAUUGUACCUUGUAUAAGAGUGAAUCUGACUGCACCAGAACCCUGAUCCCAGUUUGUGCAGAUAAUCGAAUGACAUAUUACAAUGCAUGUUACUUCUGCAUAGAAAAAUUAAAAAUACCAAUUAAAUAUAAAUAUCAUGGUAUUUGUACUAGAGAAUAAUCAUUUCAUGGUCGUUCAUUCAAUCAAGUGGAAUGUUCUCAACUAGUGCCUUCAGCUCCUAAUCAACAAAUGAAGAUUUCUAUGAUUCAUAAUGUGGAAUAGAGAAGAUCAAAGAAUCUUUCCAAUGUGAACCUGAGAUUGAAUGAUUUUAUUUUCAAUGAUUGG